AUGAAUAGUGGGUAUGGCACACUUUCUGCCUCCGAACUGAACCCUUGCAACUCUAACGACGUUAACAAGUGCACAGACUACAUGGAGAAAACUUCACAAGGACAGAGUGAUGGAGCAGUAUUGCAGGGUGACACAGUUGGAGCCAGUGUUCAAAAUAAGAGAGAACUUUCCCCCCCAAAAAUAGAGGAAAAACGUUCAUCAGGAAGAAAUGAUAUUUUAGUUUUUCCUACUGAAUUUGAACAUAAAGUUGAUGAAGGUGAAUGUGGAAAAAAAGCCAGUAAAUCUUUAACAUCAUGGGCACAAAAGUUGAAACAAAACCAACCAAAAAGAAUAAAUGUGGACGAAGUAUGUGUGAACUCUAUGCAAGAAAAUGAGCAAGCAAAGAAAUUACCACUUGAGAAUACAAACCUUACUGAUGCUGCUUUGCCACCUCACACUUUUUACCUCAAUCAACCAAAUGAAAGUCCAAAUUCCUUAGUGUCUGAAGCUUCAGGACUUUCAUACUGGAAAUUAGAUGAAAAGGAGAUGUAUCACUCUUUACCAGAGAAUUUCAGAAGCGAGUUUGCUGAUAUUUUCUCCACAAAAGUAUCACCAGAUCAGUUGUCUUCUGCUGAUGAAACAAAACUAUCAUCAUUGAAGGAUAUUUAUCAUAAAAGACAAAGGGAAAAUAAGCAGCUGCCUGACCAGAAUUUUAUGCCUUCUUCCCAGUCAAGUCACCCACCAGAGAUCUUGACGUUGGACCCAACCCUGCAUAUGAAACCAGGUCAGCAGAACCCAGGACGCUGUUUUUUCAAUAUUCCUGAAGAGGCUGCUCCUUUUUCUCCAGACUCAAUGGCAGAGCCUGGAUUUUCAAGUCAUUGUGACACAGACUCUUUUUCACAAACAAGUAAUUCAUCUCAGUUAGAUGAUUCUCCAAAACAUCCUGCCAGCAGCAGAGCUGUGCAUUUGGACCUCUGGAGAAAUCACCCAUUCCAAAAUGAAAACAAGACCAGCUGUCCCUUUCCAAUGGCAUAUACCGAUGCUAAUAAUGAUAAUUUAGUCAACACUGAGGAGGAAGAAACACUGACUCUAACUCCAUCUUCUGUUACUCAGUGUGCUGAGAACAGUUUGCCAGAAUAUAGUCUUUCAGUGACAUCUGUUGAAGAUCCUGUGAUAAUGUCAAAGAUUAGGCAGAACUUGAGGCAAAAACAUGCUCGACACAUAGCUGAUCUACGAGCUUACUAUGACUCUGAGAUACAUAGCUUAAAACAGCAGCUAGAGGCAAGCCAUAAAACUGCUUCAUCUGAAGACUUGAAGAAAAUCAAUCAAAAUCUUGCUGACAGGUGUGACCAGUUAGAUGCGGCUCUGAAUGAAGCAAGUGCUCGCAUAAAAGCCCUUGAAAAUAAGAAUAAUAUGCUAGAAAAGCAAGUGGCAGAUUGGCGAGAACGUUUUUGUGCAGUCAGUAAUACUUCCAAAGUUUUGCAAGAACGUAUUGAAGAAAUGCGCACAAAUAAUAAAGAGAAAGAUAACACUAUCAGUCGACUAAAAUCGAGGCUUAAAGAUCUAGAGGAAGCAUUUGAAAAGGCUUACAAGUUAUCUGAUAAUAAAAAUACAAGGCUAAAGGAAGAAAAUAAAAUGUUUCAAAAUCUUUUAGGAGAAUAUGAGUCCCUUGGAAAAGAACAUGAAAGAGUAAAGGAUACAUUAAAUGCAACUGAAAACAAAUUGCUUGAUGCGAACACACAGAUUUCUGAUUUGAAAAGGACAAUUUCAAAACUUGAAGCUCAGCUCAAGCAGGUAGAACAUGAAAAUAUGCUGAAACUUCGCCAUAUUACUGAAAGUCGUUUAAGAACCUCUUGUGCCAACAAGCUGGCAACUCCUGAUGUCAGCAGGCGAAAGUGGUUGAUACCGGGAGCGGAGUAUUCCAUCUUCACUGGCCAGCCUUUGGAAGUCCAGGAAAGCCCCAAAGAUAACAGAUUAGAAGAAACCUAUAUUCCUUCUAGGCACCAUUCCCCUCCUGAAAAAGACUCCUCGCAAGAAGACUCUUCAACAAAGACAAUAGAAAAGAAAGAAAAUGAGAUGUCAGAAGCACCAAUUAUAAAAGCUUUUAAAGAACUUGAAGAAGGAAAAGCAUUUAAAGAUUGGGGUACACAGACAGAAAAAGAAGACACAUCAGCUAAAACAUCAAAUCGACGUCAAACUGUUGGGUUUGUUGAAACUUCUUUUGUUGCUAACCGAUCCCCAGAGAAAAGUAAAGACCAACACAGACCAAAACGGUACAGCUCCCCUUGCGGCCAGAGGUCAUCGUCCCUUCCUCCUUCAAACAGGAAAUCAAAUACACCAACAAGAAGAGAGAUAAUGUUGGCACCAGUGUCUGUGACAUACAGCCCAAAACGAUCUCCCAAAGAAAACCUCUCUCCUGGAUUUAGCCAUUUGCUUAGCAAAAAUGAAAACACGGUGACAAGAUUUGAUAUACUUCUGGAUGACCUGGAAACUGGUUCUACAUCUACUUUACAGCACAAUAAUCCAAGAAAAAGGCUCCAGUUUGUUUCACUAGAUGAUGUAGAAGGAAGGCAACAUUCAGGUGUCAGACACAGCCCUUGUGCUGAAUUCGUCAAUACUGGAAUGAAGAAAGCGACAGUGUGGGACGAGAGGAGCAUAGCACAAAAAUACGAGCCCGUGCUAUCGCCUUGUGAGGGAGACUUCAAGUACGCAGCAAGGAUUAAGACUCUGGCUGAAACAGAGAGGCUUUUUGAUGAGCUGACUCAAGAAAAGCAACAGAUUGAGGCUGCAUUGAGUCGAAUACCUUGUUCUGGUGGAAGAAUGACCUUGCAAGCAAGAUUAAAUCAGGAAGCCCUGGAAGAUCGCUUGGAAAGGAUUAAUAGAGAUUUGGGGUCAAUACGCAUGACUCUGAAAAGAUUUCAUGUUUUACGUACCUCUGCAAAUCUCUGACAAUUCCCUCUUGAAUGCAGAUAUGCAUUUGUUUGUUUGUUGGGGUUUUUUUUUUUUUGCACUAAUAUGUAAUUAUGCACUCAGUAAAUGCAAAUCUUUUUGUAUUUUUAUAAACCCUCAAUAGUAGUUUUACAACCAUGUUACCCUUUACAAACAGCAAUAUUUUGUACUUCAAACAGCCACCUAUAUUUUAAACAUAUUUUUGUUACACUUGAGAAAUCAAUGUUGAUCCUGUAUUGUAAUAUUUUUAGAAAUAUUAAUUAUUUUUAAAUAGUGAUAUUAAAUUUAUAAUAAGAAACUAAAAGGCAGCUUGUUUUCAGAAAA